UGUGUCUGUAAUUACACUGAGAGCUUUCUGGCUUACUUGACUUCAUGGGCAGCCAGUUUAAACGUACUGUGCAGGAAUUUGUAUUUUUAAAGUGAACAAUGUGUGGAAUCAUUUCAGCAGAGUUUCCCCAUCUUACAGCCGGCAAUUUUGAGAAGUCUCUGGCCUCUGAUGAUGUUUUGGCUCACUUCUUCAAUGAUUUCUUAAGUCUGCCGUCUUUCCCAGAGUGUUUGCUGUACAACCAGGAGACUGGGCUAUUUGAGGUGGUGAGUGGGGCAGCUGAGUGUGUGUCCAGAAGAAUCAGAUCAGUCCUACAUCACAGCAAAUCUCAAAUGCUUACUGGUGACCCUGCAGUGCUGGCCAGAAGCCCCCGAGUAGACAAUCGUUACUCUGUCUAUUGUCUGGACAGGCAGGAAGGAAUUCAGUGGAUCAUGAAAGAGAGGUUGCCCCUUUUCCUUCAGAGUGAUUUCUACAGUGAAUACAGACUAGCCAAGCUGUUUCAGCAGGAACUAAACCACUGCAUCCAAAGGAGGAGAGGCAGCAUGAGUCGAACCCCCCUGUCAGCCCCACAACUGCAUUAUUCCACCCAAUCAGACAAGGGAAGUAACAACUCAUUGAGGGUCUUGACAUGCUUGCGUUCUCUAGAGAACAUAUCAGCAAAACAAGGAUCUGUGAGGAUUCAUGCUACAUGUCUACCCUCUGGUCACAAGGAACGUAUGAGCACUAAAUACUGUGAAUCACCCAGAUGUUCCUCCAGCUUUUCCGAGGCAGAGAACCCAUCUAUUUCCUCUGUGUGCUCCUCAUGUCUCUCCUCCAAGAACCUUAGAUGUGAGAAAACCCAGCAACUCCAGAGCUCGCCAAUAACGCCAUCAACUGGCAACUCGGAGGAUGAACAUCCGAAGCAGCCCAGCAGUCAGAAUUAUGAGUCCUCUGAACUACAGCUGGAGUGCCUUGCUGCUGAAGUGGUGAAACAAGUGCUUAACAAUGCACUGAACCUUAUGGAUGGUCAGAGCCAGGCAAAGACCCCUGGCUGUUUCAACAGUUCAGGAGACCAGACAAAUAGUACCAGCGUGGAGAAAUCCUGUGAAUGUAAAGUUUGUUGGCAUUCCGUUGACGGGCGUCAAGAAAGAUUGGAGGGGAACAACGGAAAAGUUCAAGAAGGCAAGCGAGGGAGUGGUGUAGAAGAAAACACAGAAUGGUUCAAGAAGAAUUGGGAGGUGGGGCGCAGGGCCACAGAGCAGAAAAAUGUCCUUGAUCAUUGUUGCCAUGGUAUUUGUUGCCAUGGCAACGGGCCAGGCUUAGAUGAGUUCAAGGAGUUUUUGCGAGGAACGCCAGGAGAGAAGCUGCUUAAUCUCUGGAUGGAUAUAGAGAGACUGAAAGCUACACAGAACAGAGAGCGAAAGAACAGGCAAUUAGUCUUAAUGAGGAGCUGGUACCUGCUGAGCAGCAGCCAGAGCAGUCUAAAUGCAGAGCUGCUCUCCAGACUGGGACUCACUACCUCCCCCUGCUGGACAGAGGAGAAACUGCACUCAGUCCAGCCUUUUCUCACCGAGUCCCUUCUCUGCUACUGGGCUCCUCGAUUCUGGACGUCCCGGUGUGUUCAGGAAAACUGUGAUGGCUCCUCUUAUGUAUCGCUGUGGACAGAUUGCUGCGUUCGCCCCCUGUCAGGCACACAGUCGCACCAUGGCUCUAUAACCCCGCCUCCCCUCCACCCUGACGCCUGUCAGUCACCCCAUGCUGUCCAUCCACAGUUAUAUUGCAGCAGAAGUCAGUUACUGGGCAGCAGAAGAAUGGAAAAGAUGCUCCAGGCUCUCAGUGUUGAGUCACAUGCUGGCUUCUACUUAACAAACUUCUGUGAACAAUCUGGAAACCAGCUGUGGGAGAAUGCAGUUAACUUUUGGAGUGACCUGCAGCACUACCAUGAGCUGUUCUGUCAGGACGGCCUGGACCCCUACAGAGUACAGAGAGAAGCUCAGCUCCUUUACUCUACCUACAUCUUCGGCUCUGCCAGGAGCAGCAUUGGUGUCGAUGAGGAGAUCAGAGGGGACGUCUACGACCGAAUGAUGCCUGCUUUUGAGGAGCUGUUUGACAAGGUUGAGGAACACACCCUGAACCUCCUGCUGGAGCCAUGGACGUUGCUGGUCAGCAGGGACAAAGAGUCCUUUCAGAAGGUGUGUGUGCAGGAGGUGGUGCGCUGCGUCGACAGUCAGGAGUACAGGGAGCUCCAGAGUCUGUACGAGGAAUCAGAGCGGCUGAAACAGGGGGAGCAGUGUGGGUCCAUGCCAUUCCCCUCUUCUGUUGCACCUUCCUCCCUCUCGAGGGGCCCACGUGUACCCGACUCUUGGUCCAAAAUCUCUCCAAAUUACCAGGGAUAUCGUCUAGGUUCCUUACUUCGUCACCGCCAUGAGAUCAGGCACUUUAUGUCCUUCCUACAGAAUCAAGAUGCCAGUAUCCAUCUGACUUGCUGGUUGGAUCUGGAGCAGUACAGGAGGACUCCUCAGAAGGACAAAGUUGUCAGACGGGAGAGGUCAUCUCAUAUUGCAACCAAAUACCUCAACAGGAAGUACUUCUUUGGCUCUGACAGCCCUGCCUCAAUAGAACAACAGAAUGAUAUACUGCGUCUGGCAGGUGGACUGGAGCGUCUGAGGCUGGAAUGUCUCUCGAACCCAGUCGUCACGGAGAUCCAGGACAUUGUCAAGAGUCACAUUGAGAAAAAAUGGCUGCCUCUGUUCCUGUCCACUGCUGAGUUCACAGAGCGACAGAAACGGCAACCAAAGCCCCAAGCAGCAGACAGGCUCUCACAGCACGUCUACCAUCGACGCAGAACGCGGAGAGAAGCCUGGAAGUCCGAGGGCUUGUGGAUGAGUUCCUCUAAAGAGAUCCUGCUGUUUCGACGGAUCCUACUCAACCCUGUCACUUGUAUGCAGUUCCAGCACUUUGUCUCUCUGAAGGGGAACUUCCUAGAAAAUGACGUGCUCUUCUGGCUGGAGGUGCAGAGAUACAAGGACCUCUGUCAUUCCCAUAGCGAUGAGGCCACCAUCCAGCAGAAGAUCUCCACCAUCAUUAACUGCUUUAUCAACUCCUCCAUGCCCCCCGCCCUGCAGAUAGACAUCCCUCCCGAACAGGCCCAGCACAUUCUGGAGAAACGUCAUGAGUUGGGCCCGUACGUCUUCAGAGAGGCGCAGAUGUCGGUGUUCAGUGAAUUGCUGAAGUUCUGGCCCGAGUUUCAAGAGCUGAGCAGCAGCACGCAAGAGGAGCAACUCCUUCCUCUACUGCAGGAGGAACGAGUCAAACACAGAGCCAGAGUGCGGAGGCAGAGGAGGAGAGAAGAGGAGGAGGAUGAGAGGAGGAGAGCUCAAGCAGAGCUGGAGAGACCAGACUCCACUUUUGGAGAGGAGGAAAACACAGAUGAUGAAGAUGAAGAAGAACAAGAGGAAAGAAGUGAAAAAAGGCAGUUAAGGACACAGAGCAGUGUGCUGCUGACUCCCACACAGCCGUUGUCGUGGUCAUACUCCAAGUACAUGGCAGCUCUGAAGAGAGAGGAGGUGCUGCUGAGGAGACAGAGUCGGCUGGAAGCAUCGUUCUCCACAGCCUCAGACUCCACCUCUGACUGCAGUGUUAAGUCAGCAGGCAGUAAACUCAGCUGCCUGCAGUCCUCACGUCGCUCCUCCAGAACAGAGAGUAAAAAGUGCAACAGAUAUAACAGGGGUGAAAGAGCCUGCAACAUGAAAUGAAAGCAAUGUGUGUGAAGUGACCCAAACACAUGACGGUGACUGAGGCUGUUAUCAGAGCAGGGCGGGUGAAAAGUGAGAGCAGAGCUCGUACUGACACCUGGAUGAUGAGACUGGGUUU